CGCGAGCUGACAACAGGCAUUUGAGACAGCCUCCACCCGUGGGCACUUCGUCAGCUCGGGACCAGCCUCCUCCAACCUCACCAUAGUUCAGGUCUCCAGCCUCCCCAAACUCCAGUCAGAAUGCCUCCCUACGAGAGAUCCAUGGAAAUCACGCCUUUCAAGCUAAAGAAGUGCCUCGCAACAAGAAAAGAUGAAGUCUGCACUAUUCGGUCUAAGUUCCCCAACAAAUUACCAGUAAUUGUGGAGCGAUACCUUCGCGAGAAAAAGCUUCCUCUGCUGGACAAAACCAAAUUUCUUGUCCCACAUGAACUGACAUUAGGGCAGUUCCUCAGUCUGCUCAGAAGUAAGAUAGCACUAGAGGCAUCUCAAGCGCUGUACCUACUGAUCUCAGGAAAGAACACGUCCUGUUUGUCAGCCAGCAUGGGAGAAGUUUACUCGCAGUUCAGAGACCCCGAUGGCUUUCUCUACAUAACCUAUGCAUCCCAGGACAUGUUUGGAUGAAGAGACCCUCAGAAAUGAGCAUGACACACAGAUCCCCUCACAUACCUCCAGACUGAUGCCUCUCUGAGAUCAUGUAUUGCUGCUAAAUGAAGACUCUCACUGUGCAUCACACCUAAAACCACACAGACCAGAGGACGAGAGGACUCUUGUGACCUUUUUUUUUAAUAGUUUAGAUUUCUUUGAGGCAAAUGUUGAAGCAUAAUCAGUAGAUUUGAAAGAGGUUACAACUGAGCCGUCUAAUAUGAAGAACAGAAAAAUGAUGUCCCUUCUCUCAAGCUGCUCCGUCAUGAGGCUCCAACACAAAAAAGGACGUCCUGUCCUGGGAUGUCCUGUCACAAUGAGACAGGGUCUGUUCGAUGCUGGUUUCCUUUCCUUGUUCUUUCUGUGACUGUGCAUCUGUGUUUCUGAAACAAACACAGAGGGAAACGGACAAAUAAAAUCUAUUUAAGCACCUACUGGAAUGAAAAUGUGUGCAAACAACACGGUCA